AUGGAAGGAGCAGCUGCUGCCGCCGUCCUUGAAGCUCUAGUUCAAAACCUCAUCGACCUCUCCAAGAAAGAGAUCUCUCAAAUUCGACGUUUCGACAAAGAUGCAGCAAAGCUAGCUGAGAGUCUCAAAAUCAUCCAGAAAUUCUUGAACGAUGCCGAGAAGUGCUUCGAAAUCACGAAACAGGAACUGAUUGAGCUGUGGAUGGCAGAAGGUUUUCUUCAAGGUGAUGGAAGGGAUGACAUGGAGUUCGUUGGCGAAAAAUUUAUCAACAUUCUUCUGCACAACUCUUUACUGCAAGUUUCACAGAGAGAUGUAGAAAGUUGUGGCAUGCAUGAUCUUGUGCACGAUCUCGCAUGUUCUGUUUCAAGUUCCUCUAACAACACAGGUGGUAGCAGCCGAGAACGAUACAUGAUUCUCGGAGCCCACAAUCGUGGAGAUGAAUCAAGUCCUAUCCCGAAAGAAAUGGCAAAAUAUUUGCGUACAUUAGUAAUAUCUUUCGAAGUUGAUAUUUCUGGUAUCAACUUCUCAGACUUCGAAAGUCUGCAUGUUUUACGUCUUGACGAUGGAGUUGAGGAGUUGUCAAGUUCGAUUAGAAAGUUCAUACACUUGAGAUAUUUUGACAUAUCAAACACAGGAAUUAAAUAUUUGCCGGAUUGGAUAGGUGAAUUCUCUCACUUGCAGACUUUGAGAGUAGAUGCACCAUAUUUGAGAAAACUGCCAAGUACGAUUAAGUACUUGAUUAACUUAAGGCAUCUUUAUAUUAAUGAGGAUGUGGAGUUGCCUAUGGGAAUUGGGAGAUUAACUUCUCUCCAAACACUAAAGUACUUUCCAGUGGGUGACGAGGAUGGCUGCAAAAUUGAAGAGCUGGGAAGUUUGAAAAAUCUUGAAGGAGAGUUAGAGAUUCGUAAUCUGGAAAGGGUUCGUGACAAGGAAGAGGCUGGGAAAGCCAAUUUAUUCAAGAAGUCAAAAAUAUUGAAGUUGUGUUUGGAAUGGGGUGAAGACAGAGAAGGUGAAAGAAACGAUGAGAAUGUAUUGGAAGGCCUCCAGCCUCAUUCAGAUCUGAGGGUGUUAGAGAUUUGGGGAUUCAAAGGCAAAACAUUUCCAUUAUGGACUCGGAAGAUGGCAGUUGGAGAUGUAGUGCUUAACAAGUUAAUGUCCUUAUCACUCAUUGACUGCAGAGAAUGUGAUGAGAUCCCAAUGUUGGGGCACUUGCCCAAUCUCAAGUCCCUUCUGUUGAAAGGAUUGAGAGAUUUGAAGUGUAUAAAUUCUUCAUUCUACGGAAUGGUGACCAACGAGACAUGCAUUGUUUUUCCAGCUCUCGAGAGCUUCCAAUUGAAUUCCAUGCCUAAGCUGGCAGAGUGGACAGAAAUAGAAAUUUCGGGUGAAAGUGAAGUGAAGGUAUUUCCCCAACUCAAACAUUUGGAAAUCUAUGAUUGCGAGCAAUUGAUGAGUGUUCCAAGUCAUGUCUCGUCAUGCCUUGAAUAUUUGAAAAUUAAUGGGACUGGUCUAGAAUGUCUCCCAGCUGAUUGGUUAUUCUGCAACAACGAGACUCGCUCUACAUUGGAUGUAAUCGACUGCUCCAAUUUGAGAGAAUUAGGAGAUAGCGGCGGAGAACAAUCACAAGGAAGCUUCACAUCCCUUUGCCGUCUCCAGAUUGAUGAAUGCGAAGCGUUGGAGUAUUUGCCAUGUGAAAUGCUGGGAUUCUCUCUCGAGAAGCUGUCGUUGAAGAGUUUGUUUUAA